CCUCCUCUGUUUCAAUGGUGCAGCUGUCUUCGUCCGCUUUUGGCUACCAGACACCUUCAGGCCUCGCCGAGGAGGGGACGGUGGCGAAUAUGAAGGCGGCCAAGCCCCAGCUGAACCACAGCCCGCAUGGGGAGGGCCCGCGGGCCAUGAGCCCCCUGCAGCCCGCCGUCAGUUCUGCGUCUCCUUCCCAGGCUUACGAGACCUAUAUCGACAACGGACUGAUAUGCCUUAAACACAAGAUCAGAAACAUCGAGAAAAAGAAGCUCAAACUGGAAGAUUACAAGGAUCGCCUGAAAAAUGGAGAGCAGCUGAAUCCAGACCAGUUGGAAGCCGUAGAGAAAUACGAAGAAGUGCUGCAUAACUUGGAAUUCGCCAAGGAGCUACAGAAAACCUUUUCUGGACUAAGCCAAGAUCUGCUGAAAGCGCAGAAGAAGGCCCAGAGGAGGGAGCACCUGAUCAAGCUGGAGGCCGAGAAGAAGAAGCUGCGGACCAUCCUGCAGGUGCAGUACGUGCUGCAGAACCUGACGCAGGAGCACGUGCAGAAGGACUUCCGAGGGGGCUUGAAUGGGGCAGUAUAUUUGCCUUCAAAAGAACUCGACUACCUCAUUAAAUUUUCAAAACUGACCUGCCCGGAGAGGAACGAAAGUCUGAGUGUUGAAGACCAGAUGGAGCAGUCGUCCUUGUACUUCUGGGACCUUCUGGAAGGUAGCGAGAAAGCAGUAGUAGGAACGACAUAUAAACACAUGAAAGAUCUACUGUCUAAACUGCUGAACUCAGGCUAUUUUGAAAGUAUCCCAGUUCCCAAAAAUGCUAAAGAGAAAGAAGUAUCUUUGGAGGAAGAACUGCUGAUACAGUCUGAAAAGAAAAAACAGUUGUUGAAGACUGAACCUGUCAAAGAGUCAGAAUCUCUCAUGGAACUUGCACAGCCAGAGAUACAGCCGCGAGAGUUUCUUAAUAGACGCUAUAUGGCGGAAGUGGACUAUUCUGGCAAACAAGAGGAAGAGCAGUCGUGGGAAGCAGAUUACGCUAGAAAACCAAAUCUCCCCAAAUGUUGGGAUGUGCUCACUGAGCCAGAUGGCCAGGAGAAGAGACAGGAAUCCUUCAAGUCCUGGGAGUCUCCCAAGCACCAGGAGCUCUCGAAGCCUGUGGUGUCCUCUGAGCCGAGGAAGCAAGAGGCCCCAAAGCUCAGGUCCUCCCUGCAGGACGAGCUGAAGAAGUCUGGCGUCUCCAAGGCCAAGGCGGCCCCCAGCCAGGGGAAGCAGGAAGUGCCCAAGGCCAAGGUAGGCUGCGCCCAGGAGGAGCAAAAGAAGCAGGAGACCCCAAAGCCGUGGCCAGGCCAGCUGCAGAAAGAGCAGGAUCCAAAGAAGCAACCCCCAAAGUCCUGGAUGCCUUCAGUGCAGAGUGAACAGAACCUGUCCAAGUCCUGGAGCCCCGCCGUGUGCGAAGACCAGGAUUCAAAGCCGCUGGAGCCCCCAAAGACCUGGGAAAACGGUGUGGAGAGUCAGAAGCGCUCUUCAACGCCGCAGGCACAGACAUCUCCAAAGUCCUGGGGUGCAGCUGCCGCGAGCCUUGUACCUAAUGAGCAGCUCCUGCCCAGGAAGUUCAACACCGAACCCAAAGAUGUGCCUAACCCUAUGCAUCAGCCCAUAGGUUCUUCAUCUGCCCUCCCAAAGGAUCCAGCACUGAGGAAGGAAAAACUGCAGGAUCUGAUGACCCAGAUUCAAGGAACCUGUAACUUUAUGCAAGAAUCUGUUCUGGAUUUUGACAAACCUUCAAGUGCAAUUCCAUCGUCACAGCCGCCUUCAACUGCUCCGGGCAGCCCAGGAGCGCCUACAGAGCAGAAUCUGUCCAGUCAGAGCGAUUUUCUUCAAGAGCCAUUGCAGGCUGCUUCUCCAGGCACCCACAGCACCAACGCUGGCUUGGUCACUGCCGACCAGGUGUCUUCAGGAUCAGAAGCAGAGUUUAUGACCUCAGAGGCCCCUGAGGCAGCUGUAACCGCCAGCAAGCGACCGUCUUCUCCCGCCGUGCCCAUGGCCAAGGGCUCUGAGCAGGGCUUCCAGUCACCCCCAGCGAGUAGCAGUUCCGUGACCAUUAACACAGCCCCUUUCCAAGCCCUGCAGACAGUAUUUAAUGUUAACGCACCUCUGCCUCCACGGAAAGAACAAGAAAUAAAAGAAUCCCCUUACUCAGCGGGCUACAAUCAGAGUUACACGACAGCAAGUACACAGACGCCACCCCAGUGCCAGCUGCCAGCCAUACACGUGGAGCAAACUGUCCUCUCUCAAGAGACUGCAGCCAAUCAUCCUCCUGAUGGAGCUGUUCAAGUAAGCAAUGGUAGCCUUGCCUUUUACCCAGCACAGACGAGUGUGUUCCCCAGACCUGCGCAGCCGUUCGUCGGGAGCCGGGGCUCUGUGCGAGGGUGCGCCCGUGGGGGCAGGCUGCUGGCCAACUCCUACCGCUCCCCUGGAGGUUACAAAGGCUUUGAUGCUUACAGAGGACCCCCUUCAAUUUCCAAUGGAAAUUACAGCCAGUUGCAGUUCCAAGGGCGAGACUAUCCUGGAACUCCUUAUUCCCAAAGGGAUAAUUUCCAGCAGUGUUACAAGCGAGGAGGAGCCUCUGGUGGUCCUCGGGCAAACUCACGAGCAGGGUGGAGUGAUUCAUCUCAGGUGAGCAGCCCGGAGCGGGACAAUGAGACCUUCAACAGUGGCGACUCCGGCCAAGGAGACUCCCGUAGCAUGACCCCCGUGGACGUGCCCGUGACCAAUCCGGCGGCCACCAUACUGCCAGUCCACGUCUACCCCCUGCCUCAGCAGAUGCGCGUGGCCUUCUCGGCGGCCAGAACCUCCAACCUGGCCCCUGGGACGCUGGACCAGCCGAUCGUGUUCGACCUGCUCCUCAACAACCUGGGGGAAACGUUCGACCUGCAGCUCGGUCGGUUCAACUGCCCGGUGAACGGCACGUACGUGUUCAUCUUCCACAUGCUGAAGCUGGCGGUGAACGUGCCGCUGUACGUCAACCUCAUGAAGAACGAGGAGGUCCUGGUGUCGGCCUACGCCAACGACGGUGCUCCUGACCACGAGACCGCUAGCAACCACGCCAUCCUGCAGCUCUUCCAGGGAGACCAGAUCUGGCUGCGGUUGCACAGGGGAGCCAUCUACGGCAGCAGUUGGAAGUAUUCCACGUUUUCCGGCUAUCUGCUUUAUCAGGAUUGAAAGUACGGCGUCGGCAGUGAGAGGAUGGUGUUCGCAUGAGUGGGCUGAAGGGAGCAGGAGUCCCUGUCCUUGGCACUGGUUGGUGUAGGAAAUGUCUUCUUUCCCAGAGGAAGGAGGAGAGCCUUAUUUUUUGUUUGCCUCCCCAAGGUGAAAAAUUUCAGGCCGAAUGACAAUUAGCACUAAUCUGGCACUUUAUAAAUUGUGAUGUAGCCUCGCUAGUCAAGCUGUGAAUGUAUAAUUGUUUGCACUUAAUCCUUAACUGUAUUAACGUUCAGCUUACUAAACUGACUGCCUCCAGUACAGGCGGGUUACAAUGCCUUGUUGUGCCUCAAUAAAAAGGUUA